CUUUUCUAGACCAGCAGAGAUCUAUAACACUAAACUAUAAUUAUCGGGUUACUUUGCUUGACGGGUUUCGUAAAUUUACGGGUGUUUAGUAUUGUCCCAGAUCAAACAGACAAACGAACAAAAAGUUGGAACCAAGGUUUAAACUAAUUAUACGACAAUCAAACAGUUACCAAUAUAAUCUUUGCAAAAUAUAAUAAUUCUAAAAAUGGGCGAGCCGUCCAUUGCUGGUGAUGAUCCUGCCAAACAUUUCGGCACUAUCGACUACCUGGUUUUUACCAUCAUGCUCGCAAUAUCUACCGGAAUUGGUGUGUUUUACGGUUGCUUUGGUAACCGGCAGAAGACCACAAAGGACUUCCUAAUGGGGGGCAGAACCAUGGGAUUAAUCCCAGUCACCUUAUCACUCUUGGCGACAUUCUUCUCUGCCAUUGCACUGCUCUCGGUUCCUGCAGAAAUCUAUUUAAAUGGCACGAUUUACAUGAUGAUGGCACCUGCACACUUUGCCGUCAUGGCGGUCUCAGCGUAUCUGUAUUUGCCUGUUUUUUAUAAUCUCCAAUUGACAUCAACAUAUGAAUAUUUAGAGAUGCGAUUUUCCAAGUCUGUCAGAAUUCUGGCCUCGUUUGCUUUCACAGUACAAAUGGUUCUGUACCAGUCUGUCGUUAUCUACGCUCCAGCACUUGCCCUAAGUCAAGUUACUGGAAUAAAUCUUUAUGGCUGUGUCACAACACUGUUCGCCAUUGUAAUCUUCUACACGUCCUUGGGAGGAAUAAAAUCCGUUAUGUGGACCGACGUUGUACAGAUUAUCGUAAUGUUUGGUGCCAUGAUCGUUGUCCUUGUGAAAGGUGGGAUGGACUUGGGUGGAUUUGGGAACAUUUUUCAAAUCGCUUACGACGAUGGACACAUCAAAUAUUUCGACUUUGAUCCCGAUCCGAGAACUCGACAGACCACUUGGACAUUAUGGAUUGGGGCAUUUUUCAUGUGGCUGGCUGUAUAUGGAGUCAACCAAGCGCAGGUUCAACGCUAUCUUACCCUCCCAACGAUACGACAGGCUAAAAUCGCCAUUUGGCUGAAUGGUUUGGGUCGUUUCGUGUUAUUAGUUCUCAAUAUAUUGACUGGAUUGGUACUUUACGCCAAGUAUUCGAAAUGCGACCCACUAAUGACCAAGCGAAUACGGACAACCGAUCAGAUACUUCCAAUAUUCGUGAUGGAUACAUUGGGCGAUUUUAAAGGUUUUCCUGGCUUGUUCGUUGCAGGAAUAUUUUCCGGAGCAUUGAGCACCGUAUCGAGUGGACUCAACAGCCUGGCUUCCAUAACUCUUGAAGAUUACGUGAAAUACUUUUACCCGAAUAUAAAUGACGCCAGGGCGACGAAUAUUUCCAAACUCGCUUCCGUCCUUUAUGGACUACUAUCUUUUGGCCUGGUUUUCAUUGCCGAAAGACUAGGCGGGAUUUUCGACGUUUCAUUCAGCAUCUUCGGAAUGGUGGGUGGAACUUUGUUAGGAGUUUUCAAUUUAGGAAUGUUUGUGCCUUGGUGUAAUUCGAAGGGUGCAUUUUGGGGCACGCUGACAUCGCUCGUAUUCAUGUUGUGGCUGGGGAUUGGAACGGCGUUGGCGAAUAGUGGGAAACGCGGAGUGUCGAAAUUGAUAUUAAGUGUUGAAGGAUGUUCCAACUAUACUGCGCCAGCGACUAAUUUCCUCAAUCAACCUGUAGAAAGCCACGAAAUAUCCGAAUUUUACAAAAUAUCCUACUAUUGGUACGCUUUGAUCGGAUGCUGUGUCAACAUGUUGGUAGGUACGGUUGUCAGUUUCCUCACAGGAAAUCAGGACCCUCGAGACCUCAAUCCACAGCUUAUCAGUCCACCUUGGGAUAAAUUUAUCACGAAAUUUGUUCCUUUACACAUACGGCAAAAAAUAUUCUGGGAUUUGGGAGCAAAUAUCAAUACCGAUCAUCAUAAAAGUCAGAAAUAUGCUGGGAACCAUGAACUUGGUAAAAUUAAUGGAAAAAGUUAAUUAUGUAGAAGUAGUAACUUGUUAAGCAAAAUAAACCAUAUCGAUUUAAUUUUCGAAAUAAAUACAUACAUAUGUGCACAAAAAAUA